AUGGGGCGUGCAGAAGCAGGAACACCAAAAGCCCUCAGCAAUGCCAUGAAGGCACGCGGGCUGACCAGGCUACGAUGGUACUGCCAGAUUUGCUCGAAAGCAUGCCGUGAUGCUAAUGGGUACAAAUGCCACAUUGAAUCAGAGUCACAUAUGCGGCAACUUGCCGCUGCCACCGGUGAAGGUGGACAGCGUGCAGGCAAGGUCGUCCAUGAUUAUAGUUCGCAGUUUCAGCGUGAGUUUAUUGCUCUGCUAAGCCGAAGAUUUGGUACAAGGCGCGUGUUAGCAAACCAGGUGUACCAAGAAUAUAUUCAAGACCGUCACCAUGUUCAUAUGAAUGCAACAAGGUGGGUUUCUCUCUCAGAAUUUGUCAAGUUUUUGGGUCGGGCUGGUAUUGUGAAAGUUGAAGGCAGUGAGAUGGGCUGGUUUAUUUCUUGGAUUGAUAACUCGGCAACAGCUCGGGCACGCCAGGAUGCUAUCAAGAAGCAAGAUCGCGCCAAAAUGGACGACGAGCAGCGUGCCAGGCGAGAGCUUGAUGAACAGAUUCGCCGUGCGCAGGAACAGACAGCUGCCCAUGCAGCACCUGAACCUGCUCCUACGCCGCUGCGGCAUGACGAGGGCAUUGUACGAUUCAAUGAGCACGCACCUGUUAAGCUCUCUAUCUCUCUGACCAAACCAACGACGAACGCAUCGGAUACUGAGCGGCCAGCUGCUACCGCGUCGACUUCUUCUUCAACGACGUCCGCGUCUCUACAAAGCACAAGCGGUGCUCCCUCUUCUGUAUUUUCUAUGCGUGUGAAUCCGCUAAAAGCGGCUUCUCAAGCGUCUGUGAAGACGACAAACCCAUUGAAAGGUGAUCAGCCUACCUCUGCGCCAAAGAAGCGCCCACCGCCUACCCAUAUGGGCGCUGCGGAGCGUAUCAUGAUGGAAGAAAAGGCACGAAAAUCGCAAUCUGGCCCUGUGAUGCAGCCAGGCGUGAAGCGUUCACGCUUCUAA